GUCGUUUUUGUUAGCUAAAAAGAAGAAAUAGUAAAUAUCCAUUAGAAGAAGAAGACGAAGCAGAGGAAUCUAGGGUUUAUGCUACAUUGAAGCAAAGAUGGUUACGAGCAGCGAUCAAAUCCAAAAUGGUUCUGAAGAGCAAUCAAAAAGAUCAGAGAUUUACACAUACGAAGCACCAUGGCAGAUCUACGCAAUGAACUGGAGCAUUCGUCGAGACAAGAAGUAUCGGCUCGCAAUCACAAGCCUCAUCGAGCAAUAUCCGAAUCGCGUCGAAAUUGUUCAGCUUGAUGAAUCAAAUGGUGAGAUUCGUUCAGAUCCAAAUCUCUGCUUCGAACAUCCUUACCCACCAACGAAAACCAGUUUCAUACCCGAUAAAGAAUGUCAAAGACCCGAUCUUUUAGCUACUUCUAGUGAUUUCCUUCGUUUAUGGCGAAUCUCUGAUGAUGAAUCUCGUGUUGAGCUUAAGUCUUGUCUUAGUAGUGAUAAGAAUAGUGAGUUUAGUGGUCCAAUCACUUCAUUUGAUUGGAAUGAAGCUGAGCCUAGACGAAUUGGUACUUCUAGUAUUGAUACCACUUGUACUAUUUGGGAUAUAGAGCGUGAAGUUGUUGAUACCCAGCUUAUUGCUCAUGAUAAAGAGGUUUAUGACAUUGCUUGGGGUGGUGUUGGUGUCUUUGCCUCUGUCUCAGAGGAUGGUUCCGUUAGAGUGUUUGAUCUCCGUGAUAAGGAGCAUUCGACGAUUAUCUACGAGAGUGGUGAGCCUAGUACUCCUUUGGUGCGACUUAGUUGGAACAAGCAGGAUCCGAGGUAUAUGGCUACUGUUAUCAUGGGCAGUGCUAAAAUUGUUGUGUUGGAUAUUCGGUUUCCGGCUCUUCCUGUCGUGGAGCUUCAGCGACAUCAGGCUAGUGUCAAUGCUAUAGCUUGGGCUCCUCAUAGCUCUUCCCAUAUCUGCUCCGCUGGAGAUGAUUCUCAGGCGUUGAUUUGGGAUAUAUCUUCCAUGGGACAGCAUGUUGAAGGUGGUCUGGAUCCGAUUCUAGCUUACACAGCCGGCGCUGAGGUUGAGCAGCUUCAGUGGUCAUCUUCUCAGCCUGAUUGGGUUGCCAUUGCCUUCUCUAACAAGCUGCAGAUUCUCCGGGUCUGAUUAUGUUUUACAGAUUUCUGUUGGAUACUUGGAUGUAAAAACUCGUUGCUAUUGUUGAUUAAUGAUCUUUUGAUCUCUGACUCUAAGCCUCAUUGAGUUUCCUUUCAUAGUAUGGUCUGUGUAGGAACUAUGUACCUUCAAAAUUGUGAAUAACUAGCUUUAGCAUUGGAUUUGAUUAGACGUAUGGAAGUUAGUUUUGAACAGAGAGCAUGUGACAUAACGGGGAACUUGAAGUAGAUUAUGACUAACACCAGCAUUUAUGUUUCUCUGCCCUCGAGCUGAUGGAGUUGCAGGAUUUUGUCUGCCUCACCAUCGUAUGGAAUGUGUAGCUUUCUAUGGUAGUUGUUAUAAGUUUUGUCUCCAUUGUCCAUAUCACUUUAUGGGUAUGUAGAUUUGUGAAAUUAGGCAUUUGUAACAUCGUACAGAUGAUGUAUUCUUCAUUACUUCAAUACAGGCAUAUAGACUCUCUGUCCAACUUAAAAGGCAUACAAGGUCUGUGGUUUACCAAAAUCAGCUUUACUAAAUCCUUUGGCCAAUAUUCUCUCAGCCAGUCCUAAG